GGAAGGUCAGAAAGUAAGGACACAACAUUUAGAAAAUGUAACAGGGAGUAAGAUAUGAAGUUACAAAUAUUCUUCUACUUCUACUAAUAUUACUUAUCCACACCUGGAAAACAUUGAAAUAGGAGAUUAAACCAGGCUGAGAGCUCUUUUUGGAUAUAAAUUGGCAUAGCAGGUUCAUUCAAUUUUAGUAAGAUGCUUGGCAACAAAGAUACCUGCGAGUCAUUUGCACUUGAAUGCCGUUGAGUGAAAAUGAUAACGCAAGUGUCCAAUAAGGAAACUGAUCACAGUUUCAGUAGUUUCAAAUCAGGUUUUUUCUGAUUCCUGAAAUCUUGGUAAGUGGAACGGUAUGUUUUGACACAAAGGUUUUGCUGUAAAACCAGAAGAAAAACAAAAGCAAACAGCUUCCUGAUUGAACGUAAUACAGCGAUGACAGGUUUACAACUUGCUGUUUAUUUUUCCGCAAUAAAGUCAGUGAGUAAAGGUAAAGUAAACCAGAACUACAUCUCUGCAGUGAUUUAAAACAUUUUCAGAUUCUCCCACAGCUGAGAUGACGAACGAUAAGCAGUGCUUACCUUUUCUUAUCAAGAAAGAGCUGCAGCAAAAAAUUUUAAUGGAUAACAACUUUGGAAUGUGGCUUUCAAAACACGAACUAGAAAGAGUAAAAAAAAAAAAAAAAGAUACACCUCUCCAACAUCCAACCCUAGACGCUCACAGGGGGGUGGAAUCUGAAAUGACAGGUUGUGGGUGGGGAGGUAGGAGUUAAAGUAUCACUACCAAUCUGCCACAAGGACACAGAGGAGACUCGACGACCCAGCUGACUCAAACAGGUUGACGAUUUACAAGUCGCGGCUCAUUAAUCAGCUCAGGACAAACGUACAGAGUACAUCAGGUUGAGUUCAUUUAAUCUCAUAAGAAAAUCUCCUCAGGACAAACGUCGGGAGAAACAUCAUGUCAAAAGACAUUGACAGAAAUCAGGUGCUGCAAAACAUCAGGGUACGAAAAGCAACCAGGAAGGACGGCUGGUGGAUCCAUGGUUCUAACAAUGACAUGGUAGUUUCUGAAACGAAACAGGAACCUGCGCCAGCCACAAAUAAUUCACUGGUCCAGUCAAGGAUCAAAAGAUUCCAGCUUCCUGCUAAUCAGACAAACAAUGAAGCUGAUUCUAUUAAACCCGAUGAUUCGACCGAGGAAACAAGAAAAAAUACCACGAGAAAUACAAAAUGCCAAUCACCAUCCAAACAGGCACAAGAGCAACAGCCAGUCAUAAACACAAACAAUGAAAAGAAGGAGGUGGAAUUAAAAGCGCCAGCUGGCGAGUCCAAUGUGGAGCAGAACGGGGGGGAUGUUAAGGUCUCUGCAGAUGUAAAAAAUGAAGAACAAAUCCAACCAGCUUCUUCAACAAAUGGUAACGGUGAUGCAGCAGAACCACCACCUGCCCAUAAAACUGCAGAAGUCAAAGAACAAAACCCUGACACUGACCCUACAAAUGUAGAGGAUCAGGUUUCCAGUGAUCUUUGGGUGAAAUCAGGUGCAACAGGCACUGCAGAGAUUCCUGCUACACCUCAAGAAGCUUUGAUUGAAACAGACACAAGUAGUUUGGAGGAUGGAGGGGAGACAGCAUCCACGCAAACUACAGAGGAAAGUCGAGAGAAAUCCCCGCUACCUGCAGAAGAAAUUGUACCCGCUGCCUCUCCGUUUAUUGUGAAGGAGUUGCCGGAGAACACUGCUACGCCGGACGAACACAUUCCUCCUCAAGCCAGCGUGGAACCUAACGUGCAGUUUGAAUCUGUAAGCAAGUCACCUGCUCAGCCUGGAAAUGAAACACCUGCAGAGGCCAGUUGUGAAAAACAUCCCCCAGAGCAAGUUGACAACGAAACUGUUGAAGCUGAGGCUGAGCCGGAGGUGGAAACCCCCGAUGUUGAUAAUGCAACACCUCGUGAGGAGGCUCCUCCGCUUAACAGCGUGCAACCAGUCGCCUGUUCUCUACCCGAGUCACACGAUGAAAUCCAAGCAGCUGACAGUAUUGUUGUUGAGCAAAGUGUCGAGCCGUCGUUUGGAGAUGAAGUACAUUCCUUGGACUUGAACAUUGAAGAUGCUCUUAAACCUGUACCGUCUGCAGAUCCUGAAGCUGUCCAGGAUAGUUCAGAUUUCAGACCCAUUGAUUUGACAGAUGCCCUGCAUGUGGAGGCACCCCAAAAAGAAUCCGUUCCUAAAACUGAAGCUGAAGAACAGCCUCGUCGAGAGGAACCUGAUCCCCAGCCUGACGAUGCCAGAGUUUCUGAAGGCCUUCAGAAGCCUGCAGAAGAACUAAAUUCAACCCAGCUUCCUAAAAUAUCCAGCGAUGGAACCCCUUUUUGCUCUUACUGCAACAAAAUAAUUGAUGGGAGAGUGAAGAUCAUUUUGAACGAACCGCCUGUGGUAUGCCAUGAAGAAUGCCUCAAGUGCGACGUUUGUGCUAAGGCCCUGGGAGAAAUGCCGAUCACCAUGUUCUUGCUUGGCAAAGUGAUCCACUGCCUAGACUGCUUCGCAAACGCGCUUAAUUUUUGAAUUCUGCUGGCGAAAAAUACUUCCUGUCACCAAGCUCACAGUGAAUAAUGUGCUCUCUGAGAACCUCCCCGGUUUUGCCCUUGAUCUGUACACUGUUCUACCGAAUGUUUCCUUUCACUGAAAAGGAGGACAUGGUGUGAUGUGACGUUUAAAAAUCGAGCAAAUAAAAAGAAAUGUACACACUGCUAAUUACCACAGAUGUUUGAAUGAAAUGCUCCAUAAUCAGCAUAAAUUAUUUUAAUGCCAUGUACAGGAUGUGAUUAAAAUAAAAUUACAAUCAAA